GUAGUGUUAUGUGAAUCUUCAAGUUACCGCCCUGUGACAUGUAUCUGUAUAUUUAGGGUUCUGUUAGUCCCGUCUUCUAUCCUGAAAAUCAACAAGACUUGAACUAGAGGUCGUCACCAAAACGUUUUAUUAAUUACCACUUCCGGUUCUUUUUGGACGAAACUACGAGAUCAUCUGAUGAACUGCCCACGUCCAACUGCAUCGUGUUUAUUAUGGUCUUCAACAAAGAGAAUGGGUCUGAGCUGCGGAUCUACGCUUGGAUUCGCACAGCUUCCGCAGUUCUGUCGCACUGUCUCUGCGUCGUCUUCACUGUGUUCGUCGCAGUUCUGUCCCGACCGGGUACAAGUUGGUUUUCCUGGCAUCCUUUCUUGAUGACACUAGCAUUCUCCUUCUUCAUGACAGAAGCCAUACUUAUUUUCUCCCCCUAUGGCUCCCUCUUGAAGAAGUUCUCACACAAGACCAAAGGUCGCAUCCACUGGUUCCUGCAGGUCCUCUGUGUGUCCUGUGCAGUCCUGGGUCUGGCAGCCAUCGUUUACAACAAACACCUGAAUGGUAAACCUCACUUCACCUCGUGGCACGGUCUGCUGGGCCUGCUCACGGUGUGUGUGGUGGGGCUGCAGUCGGUGGCAGCGUUGCCUCUCGUCUACCACUCCCUGGCCAAAGGCUGGUCCGUGGCCAAACUCAAACGCUACCAUACAGCAACUGGACUUGUCACAUACCUGCUGGGCAGUGCCAGCCUGCUCCUCGGACUCAGCUCUGCCUGGUUUACUGGAUCAGUCGGGGAGUACGGCUGGUACCUGUCGGCCCUCUGCUGUGCUCUCAAUGCCCUCAUCAUAAUGAACCAAGUCAGCAGUGGGUAUACGUCAAAGAAACGUCUGCAGUCCUGACUGAAGACACUGCGCAGACACUCAAAACAUUCACUGAAUACAUAUGCAAGGUUAGUCACACAGAUUUCAUCAGUAACAUACAAUCUGUUUGGUUUGCAUGAAUGUUAUUAUGGAACUGAUGACUGCAGCAGCACACCUCGUUGACGGUUAUGACGCACCAGCGGCAAAUGUGAUAAUAAAUAAGUUAUUUUCUUGCUUUUUUUAAAUGUAUGUAAUACACAGGACCAUCGAGAACACUCGUCACACCUGGGAUUUAGUUUUGACCAAAUACUUCCAAAAUGAAUGACAUUCCUCAGUUCUUAACUAAACCGGUGAACAUGGUAAACAUUGUACUUAAUAAAAAUCAGUAUAGCAUUUAACAAAGCAGUGAGAUGCUAGUAUGCCUGUAAAGUGACAAAUUAAAAUAAAGCAGUUUAUAUUCCCUACUGAAAACAGUGCGGUGUGAAGGGUGUGACAGCUUUGAGACCAUAGUGGGAGAUACAAAUCUGCAGAAAGUACUAUUAAAAUGUAAAAAAAAAAAAGGGGGACCAAAAGACUUUCAUUACCUUCGCAUUGAAAAUGCGGAAGGUUAUGUUUUGAUCGCCAUUUAUUUAUUUGUAUGCGUGUUACUCGCAUAACUAAAAAAGUAUUAAACCGAAUCGCAUGAAAUUUGGUGGGAUGAUUGAUUAUUAUCCGGGGACCAUUUGUUUAGAUUUUGGGAUCGAUCGGGUCAAAGGUCAAGGUCAUGAAAAGGUCAAAAUCUUCUUUUUACCAUAGCGGUCAAUUUUUAUCCAAUUGGCAUGCAACUAAUGCCAAAAUGUUCAUAAUUCAAUGCCCAAUCUUGUGAUAUGCGAAGGUAUGCGCUCUACCGAGUGCCCGUUCUAGUUACUUAUGUUAAGAGAUCAAACACUGAAGAUAUGUUGUAAAAUAAAAGCAUUGUAAGUGAUUCACAAUGCAAUAGAA